GAGACGAGAAGAGAGCCAAACAAAAGGUAGAGCAACGCGACAGCACUACAUUGAUUGUGGACUGUAGCUCCAGGCGUUGAUCUCUCCGGAAAUAAGGGUCCCCUUUGACACGAGGGAGGAGCAACGCUGGGGAGGAAAACGGGAGAGAACGGAAAACGCAGGGCGCUGCAAAGCUUGAGACAAGUUUCCCCCAGGGAAAAAAGGGCAAACAAAGAUGCUAAAAAACAUGAGGUCCGGCAUGCGCCGCCUGGAGGAGAAGGCGAUUUCGAGCAUGUACAGCAAGGAUGACGGGAAGGACAGGGACAUGGUGGGCAUCAAAGUCGGAGACUUCGAGGCUAAAAACUUCUACCGGUAUUUCAGCCUGGGCGACCAGCUCGGGCAGGGCGCUUCGGGGAAGGUGUUCAAGGGCACCAUCAAGAAGAAGGGCAAGGGCGGCGGGAAGAUGCUGUGUGCCAUCAAGCGGGUCCGCAAGUUUCACCUCAAGGAGAGGAAGAAGCAGGCUCUAUUCCGCGAGGUGCAAAUCCUCCGCGGGCUGGACCACCCGAACAUCGUGAAGAUCUACCAGUUCUACCCGAAGGACACGGGGUACUACUACGUGGUCAUGGAGUUCCUUCUCGGGGGCGAGCUUUUCGACCACGUCGUCAAGAAGGAUACCUACAACGAGAGGGAGGCGCGGGACGUGUGCAAGCAGCUCGUGGACGCGAUGGGGUACAUUCACAGCCGCGGGAUCGUGCACCGAGACCUGAGGCCUGGCAACCUCCUCCUCGCCGCCCAGGGGGCCGGAGCCAGCGGCAGCCUCAAGAUCGCCGACUUCGGGAAGGCCAUGAGCGUCCGCGAAGGCCCGGUCACUACCAACGGCGGGGCCCCCGAGUUCGUGGCUCCGGAGGUGCUCUUGGGAAAACCGCACGACACGUCGCCGGACAUGUGGAGCAUCGGCCUGAUCGCGUUCAUGCUCCUCAGCGGAGCGCACCCAUUCUUCGAGCCCGACACUACCAAGAUGUUUAUCCGGGUAGCCGCGGCCGAUUACCAGUUCAAGCCGACUGAGUGGAGGAAUAUCUCGGGCGAGGCCCAGGACUUCAUCAGCAACCUCCUCGUGGUGGCCACGACAAAGCGGUUGACGGCGGAGCAGGCGAAGAGUCACCCGUGGCUGCUCGCCAGCGCGGAGAGCCUGGAGGCCCGCGAUCUGUGCGAUAACUUGCAGACGUUCAAGGUGUUCAACGCCAAGCGAAAGCUCCGAGCAACGAUGAAGACGGUCCUUGCCGCGAGGCGCAUGUUCUCGUGGCUGCCGACGGACGAAUUCUCCAAGGCCUACCAGCUGGGCAACAUGCUCGGCGAAGGCGCGUAUGGUAUGGUGUUCAAGGCCACCCCGGCCUUGCCCGCGAGCUUGUCAGAGGAGGAGGACGGGGCAGACGAUGGCUCGGCCGCGGCGCCCCGCGAGUACGCCGUGAAGCGAAUAAAGAGGGAGGGCCUGUCCGACCAGGAGGAGCAGGAGGUCAUCGCGGAGGCGAACAUCAUGCGCGAGCUAGACCACCCCAAUCUGGUGAGCAUCUACGACUUCUACCAAGACGACCCGAAGUUCUUCUACAUGGUGCUUGAGCUCAUGGAGGGCGGGGAGCUCUUCGACCGUAUCGUCCAGAAGCAAUACUACAACGAAGCGGAGGCAAGGGACGUCUGCUUGACCUUCCUGGAAGCCAUGAAGUACACCCACGGCCAGGGGGUGGUGCACCGGGACUUGAAGCCGGAGAACUUGCUCCUGGCGUCCAAGAGCGACGACUCGAGCAUCCGCCUCGCGGACUUCGGGUUCGCGGUCAGCGUCCUCGACGGUUACGUCACCGACCAGUGCGGAACCCCGGGGUACGUGGCGCCAGAGAUUCUGCGGAGCCGCCCAUACGGCACGUCGGUGGAUAUGUGGAGCAUCGGCGUGAUCAUCUACAUCAUCCUGGCCGGGUACCCGCCUUUCCACGAUGAGGACCAGAACCGCCUGUACCGCAAGAUCAAGGCCGGUCAUUACCGCUUCGACCCUGAGUACUGGAACGAUGUCUCGUCGGAGGCUAAGGACCUCAUCCGCAAGCUGCUGACCGUGGAUCCCACGAGGCGGCUCACAGCUGCUGAGGCCUGCGAGCACCCCUGGCUCUCCACCGCCAGAGGAAACCUCACCCAGCACGACCUCGGCGCCGGCCUGGAGAAGCUCAAAAUCUUCAACGCCACACGGAAGUUGCGCGCCGCCAUCAGAUCGGUGCUACUUUCGAAGAAGAUCGCGAGAGAUUUGGGGCUGACGCCGACGAUAUAA